AUGUUCACCCAUAUGUACCUAUUGGCAUUAUUGCCAAUAAUGGUCAUUCCAACCUGUUGUAUGUGAAAAUUUUUAAUUUUAGUUACUCAUGAGGAAUCAGAUCAUGUAUAUCCUACUGAAAAAGAAUAUUAUAAAUGGGAUAUCAGAAAAUUUAUAGUAGGGGAUAAUUUAACUUAUUAUUUGGAUACUCCAUCAACUCUUUUCUAACUUGAAUAACCAUUACAUAAAUUAAGUGAAAUGGAUCACAUUGCUCGUAAUAUAAAAAUAAUCGAUUUUAGCACACAUUGAAAUAAUAGCAAUAAGAGCUUAUGAUAUUCCUGAAACUGGAGCCUGGACCAACGAUUUUGCAUUUAUGGGUCAAGAUUCUGGUGAUUUUUCUUGGUGGCUUUACUAUUCAGAAGGGUAAUGAUUAAUAAAUAUAAUAUAUUAGAAAACAAGUAUAAAUGGAUUGGGCUCCUUAAUUUACAAAUGAAAUUCCAUUCGAAUAAGUGAAUAAGUAAAUUACAUGUUUGGAUCUUGAAUAUAUUGAUAGAGACACAUUUUUGGUAGAUUGUGUUGAACCAUAAGAACAAACAGGUGAUGAUCCUGUACCAGCAAAAAACUAUGUUUAUAUCAUAAAGAAGGGUGAUCCUCCUGAAAUAAAAAUAGAAUUCUCAUAUUCUAGAAAAUAUAAGACUGUUAUUGAUAGAAAGGUUUAAUAUCAUGUUUACAAUGCUUAAAAUAUUGGUGAUGAUGAAGAACCUCUCAGGAUUUUAUUAAGAGGUUAAUAUGCUUAUGGAACUCCAGGCUCAAGUAUUACAAAUUUGGAUGGAGAUUGUAUUAUUGAUUUAUUAAGAAACAAUGAUAAGAAUGAUAUUGUAGAGACCACAUAACAUUUAGAUAGAGGAUUAUUAAUACAAGAUCUAGGUAUUAAAGAAGAAGAUUAAGCAAAUUUUAAAUUUACAUUGAUUGAUUUUAAAGUAAUGCCAAAUGGUGAUAUCUAUGUAUUGGAUGCUUAUAAUGGGAUCUAUGUAUAUUAUGUAAAUUCAAAAUCUGAAUUUAAAUUUAAGAAAAAAAUAGAUAGUGGAACUGAUUUAGCUUAUGCAUUUGAUGUUAAUAAUAAAAUAGAUUUCGAAGGCAUAAAUCAUAUUCAUAUAGCAGUACUACAUUAGAAAUCAGUAGUAGAAUAUAUAGAUGGUGUUUAGAAAGGAGGAUGGUUAGAUGCAUUUGAAGCAAAACAUCCUUCAUUUAUUUUUGCAAGUCAAUAAUUUUUGAUUGUAAAUCCAGGUGGAAAUAAUUUCUAUAUAUAUAAUUCUGAUCAUUAAUACUUAAUACAUACAGAGACAUUAAUGACUAAAACCUAUUUAGUUAACCCAUAUGAACCAGAUUUAAUUGCUGUUACAACUUCAUUAACUUACAGAUAUGAAGUAGGAUAUGCAAGAAUAUCUAUCCAUUCUUAUGAAGCAACACUUGGAGAUAAUGAAUUAUAUUUUUCAGCCAUAGGAACAGAUUAAAAAAAAUGUAGUGCGUUUUUAAAAUAUUAAAUAAUAAAAGAAAAUGAUACAAAUAUUUAUGCUGUUGAUCAUGAUCCAUUUCCAUAAGUAAUGUAACAUCCAUCAGAACCAAUCGAAGUUUAGGAAUUUGCAGCAGGACCAAACUUAAUAUAUGCAAAUGGAGAUGAUUCAUAAAAAGAUCAUGUUAUUGUAGAUAUUCACACAGUUUGGGAACUCAAUGUAACUGGAUUAAUAUUCCCUACUGUAUCGGAUGUAGCUUAUGCAGAUGUAUUGAUUGAUCCUCAUUGGACUGAUAAUUAUAAAUUCUGGUUCCUUUAUUAAUUAGAAUCUAAUAAAUAAAUUGAAAUAUUUGAAUGUAUCACUUAAGACAAAUUAUCAAGAGAUGUUCAUUGUGAAGAACAUGCUAAAUUUAAAAUUCCAAAUAAAUUAGAUCCAACUAAUUCAUAAUUUGAUUGGGAUGCAGAAGAAGGAGAUGUCUUAACACUGUAAUUUAUUGAACAUGAUUAUUAAAUAUCAGUCUAUGAAAGUAGUCAUGAUUAAUCAUCUCCAUUGUUUUUUAUAAAUUAUGACUAAUUACCUGAAAAUAAGAUUACUUCAUUUACUGUAUUAAGAAAAGCUAUCUAUGUUGUUUUACCUAACAAAAAAGAAGUGGAUGCUUGGUUUGGAUUCUUCCCUACUCCUACUAAACAUAUUAUCUCUUAUUAAACAAUGAAAGAUUAAGGCUGUGAAAGAAUAUUUGAACCAAAAAGAGUCUUUGGUAAUCCUGCUCUUAAAAGUGAAUUUGUAUUGAUAUAAUCAAAAGAUUGCAUAUUCUUUGGAGAUAUGAGAAAUACCUUUACUCUGAUUAAAAUUUUUGAUAUCAUUCCUGAUGCUGAUGUUAGAGCAUAUCUUGGAAUGAAAACUAUAUUCAUUGUCUAAAAAAGUCCUACUUUAGGAUUCAGAAUUUAAGAAUACAAUUAUGAAAAAUUAAACAAUAUUUAUUUGAUGAAAGAACUACCACUUUAUGAUUAUGUCAUUCAAUCUCCAUUAACUACUGAUUUCUGCUAUUAAACUGGAUUCUUAUUUGUACGUGCUCUAGAUCCAUAGACUUAAGAAACAGUAAUCUUGGUUUAUGAAUCAGAUGUUCUCUAUUAAUUAUCAUUACAUAAAGUAGUUAAAACACAUUUAAAAAUUAAUGAUGGCCAACCAAUGAAUAUGGCUGCUGCUGGACAUGAUUAAAUGUACAUGUAUGUUAACAAUCAAGUAAAUGUAUAAAAAAUGAUUGGAUUUUUAAGAGAUGCUGUGGCUAUAUUAUAACCAUCUCAUCUUUCCAAUUAAUAUGUAACCAAUUUAAAUGCUACUGUCAAUAUUACUAAUUAAGCAGUAAUUAAACCUAAAUCUAAUAUAUACAAAAUCAAAUAUGUAAACACUUAAACUUAAAUUAACAUUAAUUAAGAUGAACUCUCUAAAUAAGAUGGACAAUUUGUAUUCUUUAAUCAAUCAACAGAUCAAUAUUUAUAAAUAAAUACUACUGGAUGGUAAUCUGGAUAAGUUAUUAAAUAUGAUGCUGAUUGUGAUUAAUGCGAAUCACAUUUAAUACAAAUUUCUUAACCAGUUUAUCAUAUUUCUGAUGGAUCAUAAUAUUAAUAACAUUUUGUAAAUGGAAUUGCUGUAGGAACUGAAAUGAUCUUUUAAACAAGUGAUUCAUUAAUCCUAUAAGAUGCUAGUGGCAAAUGGGUUGGAACACAUAAAUUGCCAGUUGGUAUUGGUGCUGAUUGCAUAUCCAUCACAGCAACUGAUGAUGGAAAAGCUGUAUUUAGUGGAUGUGUAGAAAGAGGGGUUGUUUAUAUUUAUCUAUCAUUUUGUGAUGGCAAAUCAUGCUCUUUUGCUUAACCAUAAGUUUAAAAACUUACCUCAGAUGCUUAACGUCCAUCAAAAUUGCUAUACAAAGAUGGUAUCUUAUUUAUUUUAGAUAAUAAUAAUGAUAAACCUACCUAAACUGAAGGAAAUGUUAGAGUUCACAAAGUCAACAUUAAUUUAGAAACUAAAACAUGGGAUAUAGAUUAAGGAAAGAUUAUCAAUUCAAAAUUCUUAAGUACUGAACCUAUGUUCCCAUUCUAAGCUUCAGAUUUUGAUGUUAUAAAAUAUGAUGUUGGUAAUGUUAAUUACUACAAGAUUCUGUUAUCCAGUGCUAGAUAUAGAAUAUGGUUUGUCGAUCUAUUUUGGGAUAAUGGAAAUAUUAAAUUUUCUUAACAUGAUAAAUUUGAAAUUUAUUAGUUAAUUCAAAAUAAAUUUGCAAUAGAAAGUUAGACUCAUUUUUAUUAAAUUCGAGCAGUUAAAUCAACGAAAUAAGAUAAAAAACUUUAUACAACAACUUUAAUAUCAACAAAUCUUAUGGCUACAUACGCUGUCACAUUCGUUUUUGAUAUUUCUGAUCCUACUAAUAAAGGAGCUCCUGUAGAAUAUGAUGCUAACGUUCCAUUUUUACUUGCUAAUUAUGGAACAUGGUAAUAGCUCAAUAAGCUUACACUCUUUGAAGAUCAUGUUGCUAUUGCAUAUACAAAUUCAAAAUAGAAUAUUAUCCUAGCUGCUGUUUAUUUAUUGCCAUCUAUUAAUCAUAAUGCUAUUUAAGUAGAAGACACUAAAAUUAUAACUUUAAUUGGAGGGGAACAAGAUUAGUAAAUGACAUCAAUUUCAACUUAAUUUGUAAUGAUUCUUUCAAAAGACGUACAAUUAGCUAGAGUAAUAUUAUUAUUCUAAUUUUUUUAAGCCUGUUCUUCAUACAAAUCUAGUUUUUAAUAUUGCAUAAAAAGAAAAUAUGCUUAUUAAAUAUGGAAUUAAUGAUUUCCCAAGAUUAUUCAUUUAAAAGGGAGAUUAAAUCAAAGAACAAAAAGUAUUCAUCACUGCUAGAAAUGACUAUGGAUCUGCUAAAGGAAACUUUCAUAUAACUAAAAAGAAUCCUCCUGAUCCUCCUGAUCCUCCUGGUCCCACUCCUCCUGGUCCUACUCCUCCUGAUCCAAAUGAUGAUGAUUCGUAAUUAUAUUUUAUAACACUAUAGAAAUUCAAGUAAUUGGUGGUGGAUUACUUUAAUUGUCAUUCUUGGAAUUGCUAUUCUUGGAAUUGCUGGAUAUUUUGCCUACACAAAAUUUUUCAAACAAAAAGAAAAAAGAUUAUUACAUGUUCAAUCCUAUUGAUUAUCAUAAUAUAAAUUUAAUUAUAAUUCGGGAAUGUAGCUGCUAGGGG